GUGGUAUGACAGACAACCAACUAUUCAGACAUAUUCAACUUCUAGACCUAUUGAUUAUUGUAUUCACGAAAUAUAUAUAUAAUUAUAAAUUUUUGAGUAAAAGUAGUUGUUGUUGUGGUAAAUAUCUUUCCUGGUCUUAUUAGUGUUGUGAUAAAAUUAUAACUGACUGCUUUAUUUCAAUGGAGGAAUAUAAUUGGAAAGAUACUAAUAUGGCUUUAUUCGGUUCAGAUCAAGAAAGGUCUGUCAAAAAGGAAAGUGCUGAAACUGAAAAAGCAUGGCAACAAAUAAGAUCUAUCAAAGAAUCAACUCUUUUGGUUUGGAGAAUAAAUAAAUUUAAUCUAGAAGUCGUAAAACCAGAUGAUUUUGGAACCUUUUAUUCUGGAGAUUCAUAUAUUAUCUUGAAUAUAGGGAAAGUUGGCAAUGAUUAUGACUAUAAUGUUCAUUUCUGGAUAGGAAAGAAAAGUACUCAAGAUGAAUAUGUGACUGCAGCUUACAAAACUGUAGAGUUGGAUACAUUUCUAGACGACAAAGCUGUUCAGCAUCGUGAAGUCGAUGGAUUGGAGUCGAACCAGUUUAAAAUGUAUUUUAAAAGGUUUAAAACACUUGAAGGUGGUUAUGAAAGUGGAUUUAAUCGUGCAAAACUGAAUGAAUUAAAAACAAGACUUUUACACUUUCGAGAUAUUGAUUCUUCACAUGUUGUAUUACGAGAAGUCCCUUGUUCUAAAAAAUCUUUAAAUUCGGAUGAUGUUUUCAUAUUGGAUUUAGGAUCAUUAGCAUACCAAUGGAAUGGUAGUAAAUCAAGCAAAUAUGAACGAUUUAAAAGUGGAGAAUAUUUAUUAAGACUUAAAGGUGAACGUAGUGGAAAAUUUCAAAUUCAAGUAUUAGAAGAAAAUGAAAGCUCGCAGGAACUAGUUAGUUUGCUUUAUUAUUAUUAUGAAUAUGAAUAUUUUAUGAUCACUUUCCAUGUAUAAUCUUUAUUAAAUUAUUAAUCCAAUAUAUCUGUAAGUUCAACCAGUUAGAUUAUCGUGAUUGAGAGCAAUGUAAAGGUUCAUUUUUAUUUACCAUAGAAAUGUGAAUCAUAUCGGAUGACAUUUUAUAUACUCUACUUUCUAUUUACUACAGGUUGACUAAAAAUAUUUAAAAGACUACAAAAAUAACUGCUAUAUAACUCAGUUGAAAAUCCAUUUCUCUAGUACUUGAGUACCAGAUAUGCACAGUGAAGUGACCAAAUAUCGUAGACAACUGAACUGGUCUAAAAAGGAUCAUGUAGUCGAUGACCUUUGUUAGGUGACUAAUCCCUUUGCUCACAGCAGUCCACAUAUACUUGCAUCUCUUUUCCACGUGUGGCUUUGAAAUGGCAUAUGACUCAUGCGCAUUACUGGUGCAGCAGAUGAGAUUUUUUAAAAUGAAAUCACAGUAUCUUCCUAGUUGUUUGCUUAUAAAAUACUUCAUCAGUCUCUUUAAACAUUUCGAACAUGAAAAUGGGUUUGGAAAUCCAGAUAAUAUUUCUCGAAAACAUUCCUAAUCUAUCAUUUCUGGUAGGACGUUAAAUUACACAAACGUUUACAUCGUUUAGAAAUUUGUUUAGUUACACAUUCACUACUCACAGGUCUUUUUUCACGGAUAUUGAUGACCUCAUUUUAAUUUUACUUACAUUUAGCUCUUCUUUUUAUCUGUACAACUUUAAGGAAGAAUUUUUAGCCAAGCUGCCAGAUACCGAAAUUACUGCACCUCCUAAAUUUGACCGUGGAACGAAAUCAGUUCAUCGCCUUUCAGAUGAAGGUGGGGAAAUUAAAUUAUCAUUGAUAUGUAAAGAUGUGCUUCCACGAUCUGUGAUUACUCAAGAUGAUGUUUACUUCAUUGACAAUGGGUCUCAUUUAUACGUCUAUAUUGGAGAUCAGUGUUCAAAUCAGGAAAAGCAAAAUGCUUUAUUGAAUGCUCAUGCAUAUUUAAAAGAAACUGAUCAUCCACUUGUACCAAUCAGUGUAAUUUAUGGCAGUCAGAAAAUAACACUAUUAAACAAUAUCCUGGAAUGAAAGAAUAUGAAAACUGUUUAACACUAUGUCAGUUACAUAAUAAAACAUAUUUAUAAUGACAGAAGUGAAUUACAAGCUCAGUAUUUUUGUAUUAUCACUAUUUAGUUUCAUUAUUAUUUUUUUAAAUUAAAUGUUCAUUCCAUUCCAUUCUUACUUUGAAAAUGUCAGAUGAUUUAUUUAUAGUUUUAAAAACGUGAUUCUUCUGUAAAGAAAUAAUAAAUUAUUUGUUGAUGUACCAUUAAAAGUUUGGCUAACUGAUGGCUAAA